AUGAGCCAUGGAGAAGCGGACAGUAGCAGCAGAGUGAAUGAACCCAGUAGCGAAGCGCCGAGAAGAGGAGGAGGAGGAGGAGCCGAUGAGUUUGGCCGAGCCAUAUCUACGGUUGCGGUGGCGCAGAUAUGCGAGAGCGUUGGGUUUCAGAGCUUCAAGGAGUCUGCUCUGGACGCUCUCGCCGACAUUGCCAUCAGAUACCUCCGUGACUUAGGGAAGAUGUCGAGCUUUUAUGCUAACUUGGCUGGCAGAACCGAAUGCAAUGUGUUUGAUAUUAUUAGAGGGUUGGAGGAUUUGGAGUCACUGCAAGGGUUCUUGGGUGCUGCUGAGGUCAGUCAUUGUCUUGCAGGGUCUGGGAUAGUGAGAGGCAUUGUUGAGUAUGUGGGUUCGGCUGAGGAGAUCCCAUUUGCACAGCCAUUGCCUCGGUUUCCGGUGAUCAAGCAGAGGAGAUUAAUUCCGAGUUUCGAGCAAAUGGGGGAGGCGCCACAGAGUAAACAUUUGCCCAAUUGGUUGCCGGCUUUCCCUGAUCCACACACUUACAUUCAAACACCAAUGUGGAAUGAGAGGAAGACCGAUCCCCGAGAAGAUAAAAUUGAGCAGGCUAGACAGAGGAGGAAGGCUGAGAGGUCUUUGUUGAGUCUGCAGCAGAGGUUGUUGUGCAACGGUGAGGCAUCUGGUUCAGGAGGAGUCUCUGUUGCAGUACCAUUGGUUAGUGGUGGUGGUAAUGAUGGAAAGGGAUUAUUAUUACAAGGGAGUGAGAGUAAUCCAAGUAAUCCAAUUAAUCCAUUCCUUGAACCGCCUAUCCAGCCGGGAGAGAAAGAUGUAUCAGUGUCCGAAGUUGUCUUGCCAUCCAAGUUUUUGGAUGAAGUGGUGCAAGGGAAGAAUGGUGGUUCUUUGGUUUUGGAUGCGUUUACGCCCGCCAUUGAAGCAGUGAAAAAUGGGGUGUGGAGUGAUGGAGAUGAUGAGAGGAAGCAGCUUCUUCCAGAUACGAGGCCUGCGAUUAAUUUCAAGUUCAGAAGUGGGAAGAAGUUUCUGGGAGAAUCUUCGGAUGUGAGGCUGCAAAAGAAGGGUUCUGGGAGACCAGCUUAUUGGUUUGGGCGAGAUGAGGAGAGGGAUGACAAGAAGAGAAGAGCCGAGUUUAUUCUUAGACAAUCUAUGGAAAACCCACAGGAACUCACUCAGUUGUAG